CCCGUCAAUACGACAAGACGUGGCGAUAAAUUUUACUUUUAAAAUAUAUCCACGCGUGCCUAAGAUUCCAAACGAGUAGUCUCGAGAGCUGUACGAUGUGUGUGCGAUUACGGUGAUCGCAGCUCGAGAAUGCAUCGGAGCAUUAUGUAGAAAAAAUAAAUAUAUACAUAAAAGUUUCGAGUUCUUUAAUCGUUUCUGUCAUCGAGAUUACCUUUACCUAUAUUUUUCAAACAUCGUGAUAGUAUACUGCGGCUUUUACGUCCACUUCCGGUUGGUUUUCCUAUAUUGUCGAUCCUCGAGAUGCGUACGUUCAGCGCUUAUGUCGUGUCGUUGUUCCACGUGUUCACCGUCACCGACGCUGGCUCUUUUCUCAACCUGCAGGGUAUCAACGAUUGUUUCGAAAGGGUUGCAAUUGGAAAACGUUUGAAUAGUUCAGAUGUGACAAAAACAAUAUCUACCACAAAUAUAAAACAAUGCAGUAACGAAUGUGAACGAAUGUUGUGCAACACAUACAGUUAUGGAUUAAACGGAAACGGAAAUGGUACUUGUUUACUAGGUUUAGAUCUACCAAAAUCGGGACCGUACGAUGAUCCAGAGUACGAUCUUUUCAUGAAAAUAUUGCAAUGUAGAGAUAGAACAACAUGUUUCAUCAAGCUCGUGGGAGGCCGUCGUCUUACCGAUAAAUAUAUCCAAAGAACUCUGCCCGCUGAUUCAAAAGGAGAUUGUGAAAUAUACUGCGAAUAUGAAAAAGAAUUUCGCUGCGAAGGAUUUAACUUCAGAUACGACAUGAAGUUGGACUCUUAUAGCAGCUGCCAACUAUCGUCUGUAUCUUCUGAGAAACUAGACCUAUCCUUGGACUUCCAAUCGGACGUGGAAUACGAUUAUUUUGAAAAAAAUGUAAAUGCUUCACCAAGCUGUCGGUACGCGGAGCUGGCCGGACCAUAUGGGCAAAGGCGAAAAUGGGGUGGGUCCGGAGACGAACAGGACCUAUGGCAAGACCUCAGUCCACAGUGGCAACAGGGAAACGAAGUGGCAUAUGGUGAUGUUGACAGAGUUUUCUAUGAUCAGUUGAAACCAGGUGUGCAAGACCUUUUCAGUGGUGGAGGUGGAGGUGGCGUGUCUCUAGUCAGACCGACUAAUCUGUAUAACAAUGACGUCAGGUUAUUGUACAAUAACUUACAACCGACGUUGACGGCAACGGCGGUGAACCGACUCCCGGCAUCGAUCAACGAGUGCUUCAUCAAAGCCAGAACGGGACACCAUUUGCAGCAAGAAAACAUCAUAAAAUCAACAAACGCUCCGUCUCUUUAUGGCUGUGAGACCAUGUGUGCUAAUGAACAAACAUUCACUUGCAAUAUAUUUAGUUACAGAUAUAGUUUUACGUCCUCUAUGGACAAUUGUCAUUUGGGUGAUAAAAUGCUCAGACAAUUAGACAUUUUCCAAGAUUUAGUCCCGGACAGAGAUUGCGACGUGUUUGCACGAAACGAACUUAGCCAGCCUGGAUGUCAACCUGCGAAAAAUUGGGACACUGAUUGUUUUGAACGAAUCCGGAGUGGUUUGACGUUGGAAGGGUCCAUUGUCAAAUUUUCUGUGCAGACAGAGAAUUUGCAUGAAUGCGAGCUCAUCUGCCUUCAUGUAAAACACUUCACUUGUCGAGUAUUUAGCUUUCGCCGUGGACCACCCGUCAUUGGUAAAUGGUCAGACAACUGCUACCUGACUGAUUACCCAGUACUCGAUAUGGAUCCGGUUAAACACUUCGUUCAAGAUUCUGGUUGUGAUGUCUACAACCGUGGUAGCUAUGGUCGUGGAUGUGAACUGGAUAAGGUUCUACCACAAUCUGGGUGGCCAUUGGUCCCGGGACAGGACCUGACGCCAACCGUGCUCACCACAUACCGACCUCAGUACGGCGUGCCCCCUCCCCUGACGCCGUCCUUGUAUGGACCAAAGUAUGGUCCACCAUCAUCGCCACCACUACAAUUCUUUCCUAUAGUACCGUCCGAGUCACCAUCGCCAACACCAUCGCCAUCGCCACCACCACCACUACCAUCACCAUCACCACCUCCACAACCACCUCAGUACUACCCAGUCGGUCCACACUCAUCACCAUCACCGCCACCGCAGUACUUCCCUCCACCGUCAACACUAUCACCACCAUCUGGAUAUUACCCUGUCACGCCGACUGUCUUUAACAUACCAACUAGACCUACUGGUACAUAUGUGCCAUCCAUGCCACCAACCACAUUCUUCCAGAUACCUGGAGAAUACACCCCUGUGUCUGUGAGGCCCACAAACAGGUUGCCUGGAGUUCCGGGAGGUGUGUACAAUGAUUUGUUCAAUCCAUAUGGACAGAACCCAACCCAAGUACCGACAGUCUAUGGGAUGGCAAAAAAACUGUGUUACAUAAAUUUCGGAGGUACUGCUAGACUGUUGCCGUCAGCCAUAAAAAAAUCUAUGACCGUCGAGUCGGAAUACCAAUGCAAGAUGGAGUGCAAUAAGGCCAGGGAAAACCAAUACUUCCGGUGUUCUACACUCAGCUACUUUGGAGGUUAUUGUGAGUUGAGUGACAUCGAAAUGAGAGACUUAAAACCUAACCAACAUUUCAGUCUAGACCAACAGUUCUUAUUGUACACUUGGGAUUUUAGCGAAGUACAUUGUUUUAGCUCGCCCGUAGCCAAAUACUCUCCAACUAAUGGUUUUUCGGGUGGAUUAGAGUGGACAUGGAUGAGAUUUACUGUCAACGGACAGCCAUGCAGACUUGGUUCGUACUGUACCGAAAAUGUCAACAUGGGCAUAUGGUCUUGUCCUGUUGAUCAAGGUGAUUGGGAUUAUUGUUGUCGACCUGACCAUAAAUGUGGUUAUUCCGAAGGGGUCAGUUAUCCAUGGUGUCACGUGGGAAAAUCCACAGAUCAGUGGCGACCGUGUAGCGAUAAGUAUUUCCCAUCAACGGACGGACCACCGCAAACUUGGCCGAUGACGUACAUCCAUCACACGGGCCCACCAGUUGUUCACAACCCUUCCAGCCCUCUACCUCCCCAUGGUGACAAUAACAACAGCAACAACCACAACGGAAACAACAAUGGCACGCAGACUGAAGUAAAACACGAACAGUCGUUGGUCGAUCAAUUUUUGUCAAUAUUCACGUCCUCAUCAACGGACGUCAGCAGCAAUGCAGUUUCUUCACCUGAACCUGUCGCUGAGGCAUCCACCGCUUCGUCAAAGACCACCAAAUUCGAUCUUGAUUUGUUGCCCGGUUUCCAAGUGGUGGACGUCACCGACAAGCCCCAAUCAACUAGCAAACUGUACUCGUAUCACAAGAACAACUACAACAGCAAUCGUAUCAGGAACAGAUUUGUAAGGAAAAGACCAGUCGUCUACAUUUAAUGCCUAAGAGACGAUGAUGAAUGUAUAGUGACCAUCUGUGGUCAUUGUGUCUCACGAAUUUUAUAUAAUUUAUAUCUAGUAAUAACGCGUUAAAUGUAAUAAUUUCUGAGAAGCAAAUUAGCCAUAUGGGUAGUCUCCACAUGCAAUGGACCUGCUUCACGAUAUCGGAUGAUGGUAAUCAUCGCGAGCCGUACUAUUUCAUUUUUAACCUAACCUCAUUUUUGUGAACCCUCCGUUUUAUAACAUUCUUUUAGGCGUGUUGGUAUAAUAACAUGAUCAGAAGCUUAUGAAUUCUAGUGUUUGAAAUAUGAA